AUGAGUUCACUAGGGUCAGCAUUGGAGCAGAUAUUGGGUGCGAUUGCUGAUGUGAAGAAGGACCAGACUGCAUUACUCACAAAGGUGGAGCACUAUCAAAGAGAGAAUCGGGACGAAUUCAGAAGACUCUCCUCAUCCACUACUCCACAACCAAACGCUUCUCCAAAACAAAAGGUGCUUUCAAAUGAGAAAUACGUCGACAGUGAUGGAGAAGACGAUACAGAGUCUGUCGUAUCGCUGACAUCUAGGCCACCGCCUGCAUCUGGAAGUCCCUCUUCAAAAGGUUCUGUGAUUUUAACCACGUAUCCGGGUCAGGCGGGCAUAAGUCCAGUACCUUUAAGUUGGGGUGCCUCUGAUCCAAAGAUUCGAGGUCCAAUAGUAGCCUCUCGCUAUCCAGGUUCCAUCAAAUACAGGAAUGCUGUUGGAGCACAUGGUGGAUCGUAUUCUAUAUACAGAGCACUAGCCAUCGCCAUACGUGAACUCGAACCAACACACAAACCAAAUCUAACAAAUACAGAACCUGUUACACGUAUUGGGCCACACAAGACAUGGCUUGAUCCAACAAAGAUUGUAUCUUUAGAUCCAUGGGGACAUGUAGUUAGUCAAGUAUUUGCCAAACAACUUGCUGAUGGACUGGACAUUCGACCUACCAUUGCCAUCACAAAAGCACAUAUGAAGAUGCUAGAACUAGAAGCUAGCGUGAAAUCAGGAUCGCUCAAAGUGGAUGGUGACAUAGUAGUCAAUGAGCAAGGAGAGCUGAAUGUCAUCAAAGGUGCUGUCGAUCCUGUAUGGUACCUUCCAGGAGUUGCUGCUCGAUUUGGAGUAGAUGAAACCACCCUCAGACGAGCCUUGUUUGAAGAUACAGGUGGAAUGUAUCCAGAACUCAUUACCAGACCAGAUCUCAAAGUAUUCUUGCCGCCCAUUGGAAACUUGAGUAUAUACAUCUUUGGAAAUCCCGAAUUCUUGUCAAAUCCAGAUAAGGAAUUGACUGUACGAGUGCACGAUGAAUGUAACGGGUCUGAUGUAUUUGGAUCAGAUAUUUGCACUUGUCGUCCAUACUUGAUUUAUGGAAUUGAGGAAGCAGUCAAGGCUGCUCAACGUGGUGGUGUAGGAUUGAUUGUCUACUUUAGAAAAGAAGGUAGAGCAUUAGGUGAAGUGACCAAAUAUCUAGUAUAUAAUGCCAGAAAACGAGCAGAAGGUGGUGAUACAGCCCAAAACUACUUUUUGAGAACCGAAAACAUUGCAGGAGUCAAGGACAUGCGAUUCCAAGCCCUCAUGCCUGAUGUACUUCAUUGGUUGGGAAUCACCAAGAUUGACAAUAUGAUUUCAAUGUCCAAUAUGAAAUAUGAUGCCAUUGUACAAUCUGGAAUCAAGAUAUUGAAGAGAUAUGAGAUUCCUGCAGGCAUGUUACCACCAGACUCUCAAGUAGAGAUUGACGCGAAAAUAGCCAGUGGAUACUUUAGUCUGAAUCAGACUCCCAUCAAUCUCGCUGACACAAAAGGAAGGAGUUGGGACGAUUUGGAACAUUAA